AUGUCUACAACACCAUCUUCCACGACUUCUUCGUCGUGCUGGCGUCGGACCACGUCGCCUCCCUCAGCCGGCACCCCACUCUCCUCGCCGUGUUCGAGGACCGCACCCCGGAGCUUCACACCACCAGAUCCCCUCGUUCCUCGGGCUCCAAAACCAGUGCGGGCUUUGGUCCGAGUCCGACUUUGGUUCCAACGUCAUCAUUGGGGUUUUCGACACUGGCAUUUGGCCCGAGCGUCUGAGUUUCUCCGACGCGAAUCUCAGUCCUGUUACCUCCCGACGGAAGGGGAUGUGCCAGGUUGGGGUCAGAUGCACUGUUAG